UUAACCUUAGCGGCUCUGAUGCUCUGAUGAGAAGACAUCCACGCGGUUUGUUCCUUUAACACCUGGAAUGUGUUAUUAUGAACAAAAUUCACACAUAUUUGUUUAUCGAGGAGUAUAGUUCCUGUAAUUGCCGUAGUCAUCGGCUUUAGCUGCUAGCGGGCGAUGCAUACUGUUCGCUAUGUCGUAACUCGCCAAUGAACGUGUGCAUUUACGUUAGCUCGCAUGUAAAUAGUUUUGAGGGCACUUCUUGUUUUUAUAAUCACCAGGGUUGUGAUGUAGGACACACUUACCUUUUCCGACACCCCGUGGCACAUGUUUAGUGUUAGUGCCAAACAUGUCUGUUCCAGCUUUGCAAAACACGGCAGUGUUCUUUCGAAGGAUACUCUCCCAGUUUCCUCAGGAUAUAAGUCUAGCAUUUGCAUAUGGGUCUGGUGUAUUUAAACAACAGGGAACUACUCAAGGUCAAAUGGGGAAAAACAUGCUGGACUUCGUGUUUGCUGUGGAUGACCCAGUCACCUGGCAUACUAUGAACUUGAUGCAGAAUCGAAAGCAUUAUUCUUUCCUGAAGUUCCUUGGUCCAAAACAGAUCAGCACCAUCCAGAAUGAGCAUGGAGCAGGAGUGUAUUACAACACCUUAGUCCCCAUAGAUGGAAGGAUAAUAAAGUAUGGUGUCAUCAGCACUGAAACCCUGAUUGACGAUUUGCAACACUGGAAGACCAUGUACAUUGCUGGUAGAUUACACAAGCCAGUGCGCAUCCUGCUGCAGGGGGAGAAUGGGAAGCUGCGGGGUGCCAUGGUGGGGAACCUGAAGAGUGCCGUCACUGCUUCAUUCCUCAUGUUACCAGAGAGCUUCACUGAGGAGGACCUCUUCUUGCAGAUCGCUGGCCUCUCGUACUGUGGGGAUUUCAGAAUGAUUAUUGGAGAAGAUAAGUCCAAAGUGUCCAACAUCGUCAAGGACAACAUGCCACAAUUCCGGGAUUUAUACACCAACAUCUUGCAGGAGUGUCCACAAGUGGUGUACAAACCUCUACAUGGCAAACUAGAGGUGGACAAGAGUCCAGAGGGGCAGUUUGUCCAGCUGAUGGCCCUUCCUCGGACCCUCCAGCAGCAGAUCACACGCCUGGUGGACCCUCCGGGAAAGAACCGUGACGUGGAGGAGAUCCUGUUACAGGUGGCGCAGGACCCUGACUGUGGAGCAGUAGUACAGCAAGCAAUAGCAUCAAUAGUGCAGAUUUCAAGCUUGACACAGAGUGGCAAAGGAAUAGCCACUGCGGGGAUGUUGAAGACAACAUCAUACAGUGUUAAAAAGCUUAAGAAGAUGUGGAAAAGUUGGAGGAGAAAACCAUCUUGACCUUUGUAACAUGUGUCCUUUUCCAGUCUACUGAUCUGACACAGUGCUGAAUGACCUUGUAGUUACACUGAACCUGAUCCGUUUGUCCCUUGUGAACCUAGUGCACCACACUAUUUGGGUUGUAACGUACACUCUUUGUGAUGGCAUGAUGCAGAUGUGUCUUGUACUGUGUACAAGCACGGCAGAGCAUACAUUGAUUGAAACUGAUUAAAGGAACGUGGCACUUAUUUGCUUCCUGGUAGCAUUGCAUCAUUUUGUGAGGCCCAAAGUGGCUCAAGGGCUCAUUCUCUGGGUGCGUGUGAUGGGUCAUCUUCAUAGACAGGAAAAGAUCAAAUAUGGUCAUCUCUGGGCCCAGAGUGCCGUUAGUCUCACUCUGGGGAAUAAGAGGCACAAGCAACCUCGAGAAACAUCACAGAUAGUUCUGAAGAACAUUUUUUCAGUGUUGUGGGAAAAAAAUAAUUAAUCUUUUUUUUUUUUUUGGCCUCAAAAGCUAAAUGAGUAAAUUAACCAUAUGGAUAAGUCUAUCUAAGUCUAAGAUAUACAAAGGCAAAUCUUAUCUUUCCAUCUGAUAACACUGAUUGUUUUGAAUUAAAAAAAAAAAAAAAAUCUGAACCUCUCCUUUAUAAACAAAUGUUUCUGUCAAGAUAUCAAGGUGGAAAAUCCAGUUUGUAUUACAGUUGACAUUGUUUUGCUCUUAAACUCAACUAUAAAAAUAUG